GCAGAUAUUGGCCCGGUCGCGUCUUGUGGUUGAAUAUUUUCCAAAGUACGUACAUGGGUGGGAGGAUGUUUUUGCCGGCCAACUUCAUCGAGCACGUGCCUGUGCUGUGCCAGAUUGCCAUACUCGGCACGGUUGCACGGCAGUUGAUACUAGACGGCUACGUCUGCAUCUUUGCCGGUCUCAGGCAAUCUCGACGACAUUUGCAGCACAUCAAGUCUCUAUACUACAAGGCGGCCAAGACGAAUACCCAGACCCAAAAAUUCGAGCACAGCAUCGGCAACCAAAACCACUCCGAUGAUGCCCAUUCAGACCACGCAGAAUCAACGCCUCUAAUCGCUCCCGCAUUCACCGUCUUCCCCAGGCUCCCGGCCGAGAUCCGCGACCUGAUCUGGUCCUUCGCCCUCGAGCAGACCCCAGAACGCCUGUUCCACGUCGAGCGCCUGCGCCCGGCGUCACGGGACCCAGAAAUCGCCAAAUAUCGCUUCUACCAGCGCCUGCACCCAGACACGCUCGACCCCAUCGCGGUGGUCAACACGCACGACGACUACUCAUGGCCGCCGCCGCCGCUACCGCCCAGCCCGCGAUGGCAUCACCACUCCCGCGCGGCGAGCCUCAUCGGUGCGACGUGCCACGAGGCCCGUGCGGUGCUCCUCCGGAGCCGCCGCCAAUAUGGCACCGGCGGUGCGGCCCCGCCAGCGACGGCGACAUUGACGGCUUCUUUCAACCCGGCACGGGAUAUCCUGUACAUCGACUCGGCAUGCCUGGGCCGGCUGCCCAGCGCGCAGGCCGCGCGGAACCGCAUCAGGGCGUUGACGGUCCCGGCGCUAGCAAGAGCGGUAGAGGUCCUGGGCGUCGAACUGCACAGUAUCGCGCCAUCACGAGCACCCGAGCCGAGGAUCCUAUCACAGUCGGUGGCAGCAGAGUUGGAAAGGAGUUGUCGAACUGGCACUGCACACAGUCGCGGCGCUGGAGCAGGGUCGGCAAUGGUCGAUGAUGAGGAAGAUAUGCAGCGGGUAGUGCUCGAGGCUUUGUGCGAAGGGUUCCCGAGGCUGAGGAAAUUGGUCGUGAUCACUUCGCGGCAGUGUUUGCCGCAGAACAGAGGGCUUGCGAGAUUUUUACUGCCGCCAGGCCAACAUUCUUCAUCGGGCUCUCACAUGCAGAUGAUGAGCCUUGGGCAGAGGAGGAACUCGUCAAGGCAGGGGAACCACACUACUGGCGACAAAAGAAAACCGACCCACGACAACAACAAGACCACUGGCAUCAACCCUCAAGCAUCCUCAGCUUCGACGCCUGCCUGGAGAGACGCAAUCGAAUCGCCCCUUCGAGCAUCUCUUUUUGGCCUGGCCACUGCCCUCGACACCCUUCUCGGGGUCGGCGCUGGCGAAGGUAGCGACGAGCACGGCAGGAUGCUUCACAUGCACGAAAUCACGGCGGAGCAGGAAUGCUGCAAGACGCUCGCCGCGUGUCUCGUGUCGCCCUCGGAUCUCGACAUUCCGCCCUCGACGGCCCGCGCGGACACUCGCCACAGCCCAGACAGCCACAUGACGGUCGGGUUACACGGGGAGCAGCAGCAGGAUUACAAGGACGCAGGAAUCGAAUCGGUCCGUGCUGUCCUCGCGGCGCUCGCAAUAGAGGGCAAGAUACAAGAGGUGCCCGUAGUGGAGAGGCAGGUCCUCGUCCGGGCAGGCGGGUGUACGGGCCCGUGGACGUACCGCGCACGGAUAUCGCGCGGGAGCUGUAGCAACGACGAGUGGUACUGGAGCCGGCGGGGAAUGGCGCCGCCAGUGUGGAAAGUGAGGGACGAGGUGGCCGCGAAGCUGGACUUUGCUUAG